GAGCCAUUCACACUCCUAGAACUAAUAGUGGUUCAAUCCAUUCCUUUACGUGCAUGUGAUUGUCAGACACAAACACUGAGCAACAGAGAGGAAGCAAGAAAUUUGCAGAGCAGAGAUGGCAUCCAUAACCAUGACAGCCUCAUUCCUAACUGGUUCCGCCAUGGCCAAACAGCCUUCUACAACCCCACGUAGAGGGCUCAUUGUUGCCAAGGCCUCAAGAGCCACAGAGGGAGUCAACGUGGAGAUGAAGAACAGCGAAGAGAGCAGCGGUGGGAGGAGGGAUUUGAUGUUUGCAGCUGCAGCUGCUGCUGCCUACUCCAUUGCCAGAGUCGCCAUCGCUGAUGAAGAACCUCGGCGAGGGACCCCAGAAGCUAAGAAGAAGUAUGCUCCUAUUUGUGUCACAAUGCCAACUGCUCGUAUCUGCCGCAACUGAUAAUCUGAUGUUCUAUGUGAUGUUCAUUGAUGUAAUGUAAAAGUUGUCCUCGCUUGUAUGUUUUUAUUGGGGAGCCCUCUUUAUUUCAAAUCUCAUCUUCUAUUUCAUUGAA